CUAGGCGGAAUCAACGAUCGGUGUCGGCGUGAUGUAGCCGGUAAUAUUUUCAGGUUGCACAAAACCGUGGAGACAGCAGCGUUUGAGGGUAAAAAACAUCUUCCAUUCGUGACCAGGAUAAAACAUGUCAACAAAACAAGUGACCUGCAGGUAUUUCCUCCACGGUGUGUGUCGGGAGGGCAGCAGGUGUCUGUUUUCUCAUGAUUUAACCACAAGUAAACCUUCCACCAUCUGCAAAUACUUCCAGAGAGGAGCGUGUGCUUACGGAGACAGAUGCAGAUAUGACCAUAUUAAACCUCCUGGUCGUGGCAGUGGAGCUCCACCAGAUCACAGUAACAGAAGCAGCAGUGCAGGAGCUUCCGCGCCGGGUCCCGGACCCCCGGCAAACACCAGCAAACACCUCAAAAAACCUCUAGUGCUUCGAGACAAAGCUCUGUGCUCAGACAGCAGAGCUCGUGUGUUCAGUGCAGAGAGUUCAGAGCUCAGCGAAUGCUGGGAGCUGCGAGACGACGGCGCUCAGAAACCGCACUCGUAUCUGGAGGCCAUCCGCUCGGGCCUGGACGCCUCUGCCACCGCCGCCGCUGCGACGUUUCCGGAGCUCCAGCCGACGUCGCCGCAGAUCUGCCCGUUCCUGGCCGCGGGGCAGUGCCAGUAUGGAGAAACCUGUCCGUAUCUGCACGGAGAGAUGUGUGAGAUCUGCAGACGGCGAGUGCUGCAUCCACACGACCCCGAGCAGAGAGCAGCGCACGAGAAGAUGUGUAUGGUGGCGUUUGAGAUGGACAUGGAGCGAGCGUUCGCAGUGCAGCAGAGUCAGGAUAAGGUGUGUAAGAUCUGUCUGGAUGUGGUGUACGAGAAAUCCUCUCCGUCCGAGCGGCGCUUCGGCAUCCUGUCCAGCUGCGCACACACAUACUGCCUGAACUGCAUCCGCCAGUGGCGCUGCGUAGAGCAGAUACACAACCAGAUACGCAAGUCUUGUCCAGAGUGUCGGGUGGUCUCUGAGUUCGUGAUUCCCAGCAUCUACUGGGUGGAGGAUCAGGAGCAGAAAAACCUCCUCAUCGAGCAGUUCAAGUCUGGAGUCAGUAAGAAAGCCUGUAAGUACUUUGACCAGGGCAGAGGAACGUGUCCGUUUGGAGGGAAGUGUUUCUACAUGCACGCUUAUGCUGACGGCAGACGAGCAGAACCUGACAAACCCCGAAAACAGCUGAGCGCUGAGGGAAACGUCCGGUUUCAGAACUCAGUGCGUCUGUGGGACUUCAUCGAGGAGCGCGAGCACCGGGGCGUCCCGGAGCUGGAGGACGAGGUCAAUGACCUGGGGGAACUCUUCAUGCAGCUGUCAGGAGCUGCAGACGCACCGCAUUGAUACACACACAUACACAUACACCAUGCAGCUGUCAGGAGCCGCAGAUGCGCUGCACUGAUACACACACACACACACACACACACAAACUUAGACUCUUCGUGCAGCUGUCAGGAGCCUCACACACCAGCAGUGCAGCGCCGCAUUGAUGAACACACACACACACUACACAUAGACAAGCAGCAGCGCUUCCUGCAUCUGUACGAUGACUCCAGCAGUGUGUGUGUGUGUGUGUGUGUGUGUGUGUGUGUGUGUGUCCUGCUGCUCUUCCAUCUUCACACUCAGAUCAACAGGAGAAAAUAAAGCAGGAAGUAAAAGUCUCACCACUCAGAGUGUGUGUAAUGAUGAUUGUUCCAGUAGUCGAGAUGCUGUGUGUGUGUGUGUGUGUGUGUGUGUGUGUGUGUGUGUGUGUGUCACUUUAUUCAUUCUGGGCUUCCUGCAAUAUUGCUGUGGUUAAAAUGAAAUAAACGAUGAGCGUUUGGUCUCCACGGUGGGCUUGAUUGAUACCUUUAGGAGCGUCUGGAUCAAGCUGAUUCAGUGUUUUGGACUGAUAUGAACUCAUCAUACUGAACUCCACUCGUCUGGCUUCCUCUUGAAUAAUGAUGAUGAUGAAGAUGUGUGUUUUCUGAAGUGUACUGUUGAGGAUGAGUGUAAUAAACAGUUUAGUGACCGCCA